CCCCCCUCCCACAUCCGUUCCUGCAAGAAGAGAGGAGGCUGCUUUCUUCUCUCUCCUUUGCAAAAGCUUCCUUGGUGCCCCUCCUGGAGUCCGGACCCUGCAGCUUCUUUUGGCUCCUUGACUCCUCAGGAAGGAUGAAAGAGACGGAUCCUGUAAACCUAGCGAGGAUGGAAGGAGGAAGAUGGACGGAUGACCUGGUCGGGUUGUCUCCUGCAUCCCUCCCCACAACCUCUGAGCACUCCCUCCCAGGGACCUCCGAGAGAUCUGACAAGGCGUGGACGUUGCUGGAUCCUGACCAGAGAGCUCAGCAUAAAGAAGUCAAGGAGGAGAAUCGUGGGAUCGUGGACUCUCUCAAUGGUGAUGAAUUAGAAGGGAAGAACAAGGGGGAGCACAACAGAAUCCACAUAGUGGAGAAGUCAUAUAAAUAUUCAGAGUGUGCCGAGAACAUCCGUCAAAGCUCCCAGUCCACCUCCUGUCAAAGAAAGAGCUUCAUUCGAAGGAAUAGCCUCACUUCACACGAAAGAACACAGAGUAGGGAGAAACCCUAUCAGUGCAGAGAAUGUGGAAAGAGCUUCAAUCGAAAGGGUCAUCUCACUUUUCAUCAAAGAAUUCACACAGGGGAGAAACCCUAUCAGUGCUUGGAAUGUGGAAAGAGCUUCAGUCAGAGGCACACUCUCACUUCCCAUCAAAGAAUUCAUACAGGGGAGAAACCCUAUCAGUGCUUGGAAUGUGGGAAGAGCUUUCGUCUGAGUGGUGAUCUCACUUCCCAUCAAAGAAUUCACACAGGGGAGAAACCCUUUCAGUGCUUGGAAUGUGGAAAGAGCUUCAGUUACAGCACCAAUCUCACUUCCCAUCAAAGAAUUCAUACAGGGGAGAAACCCUAUCAGUGCUUGGAAUGUGGGAAGAGCUUUCGUCUGAGUGGUGAACUCACUUCCCAUCAAAGAAUUCAUACAGGGGAGAAACCCUAUCAGUGCUUGGAAUGUGGGAAGAGCUUUCGUCUGAGUGGUGAACUCACUUCCCAUCAAAGAAUUCAUACAGGGGAGAAACCCUAUCAGUGCUUGGAAUGUGGGAAGAGCUUUCGUCUGAGUGGUGAACUCACUUCCCAUCAAAGAAUUCAUACAGGGGAGAAACCCUAUCAGUGCUUCGAAUGUGGGAAGAGCUUUCGUCAGAGUGGUCAACUCACUUCACAUCAAAGAAUUCAUACAGGGGAGAAACCCUUUCAGUGCUUGGAAUGUGGGAAGAGCUUCAAUCGAAAGGGUCAUCUCACUUUUCAUCAAAGAAUUCACACAGGGGAGAAACCCUAUCAGUGCUUCGAAUGUGGGAAGAGCUUUCGUCUGAGUUGUGAACUCACUUCCCAUCAAAGAAUUCAUAAAGGAGAGAGACCCUAUCAGUGCUUCGAAUGUGGGAAGAGCUUUCGUCAGAGUGGUCAACUCACUUCACAUCAAAGAAUUCAUACAGGGGAGAAACCCUAUCAGUGCUUGGAAUGUGGGAAAAGCUUCAGUCACAGGGCCCAGCUCACUUCCCAUCAAAUAAUUCAUACAGGGGAGAAACCCUAUCAGUGCAGAGAAUGUGGAAAGAGCUUCAAUCAAAAGGGUCAUCUCACUUUUCAUCAAAGAAUUCACACAGGGGAGAAACCCUAUCAGUGCUUGGAAUGUUUAAAGAGCUUUCAUCUCAGACACAGUCUCACUUCUCAUCAAAGAAUUCACACAGGGGAGAAACCCUAUCAGUGCUUGGAAUGUUUAAAGAGCUUUCGUUUCAGACACAGUCUCACUUCCCAUCAAAGAAUUCAUACAGGGGAGAAACCCUAUCACUGCUUGGAAUGUGGAAAGAGCUUUCGUCAGGGUGGUGAUCUCACUUCCCAUCAAAGAAUUCAUACAGGGGAGAAACCCUAUCAGUGCUUCGAAUGUGGGAAAAGCUUCAGUCAAAGCACCAGUCUCACUUCUCAUCAAAGAAUUCAUACAGGGGAGAAACCCUAUCAGUGCUUCGAAUGUGGGAAAAGCUUCAGCCGUAGCACCAGUCUCACUUCCCAUCAAAGAAUCCACACAAGAGAGAAAACGGUUUAGUGUUUGGAAUGUGUAAAAAGAUUCAUUCAUGACCCACAAAUAUUUCAUACAGGGUUGAAAGCAUAUCAGCACAUGGUAUGUGUUUAAAAUUUCACUUGUUCAAAAGUCAAUUUAAGAUCUUCCACCAGGGUGAAGUAUAGAAUUAUAGAUUCAGAAUCUAGUCCAACCCCCUCCAGAAAUCUCAUUUCAAGCAUCCAUGACAGAUGGCCAUCCAACUUCUUCUUAAAACCCCCCAAUGAAGAUCCAACCCCUUCAGAGAGAGUUCCUUUUCACUGUCAGCUCUUACAAUUAGAGAGAAAAUAUAAAAAAGACUUUGGAGAAGACUUCCGGUGUGAUGGCCUAUGGUGUUUGGCUGCUUUCCCAGGACACCGGACCCCAGUCGUGCAAUUAAACAAGGUGAAUCUGGAGGUAAUUAUCCCUGUUGAACCCCGCAGGGAUGGGCUGGACGUGCCUUCACCCGCACGUCAUCCGAUAUCUGCCGCUCGCUACAGUGGAGGCAGGGGCGCUGGGUGUAUAGCAUUGCACGAAUUGGACAC